AGCUUGGGAAACCCUGAGUUGGCUGGUGGCUUCCUGUGAUUUACAUUGGUGGCUUCACGUCAUACAUGCAGCAUUCUGUUGAGAUUUCCUUCCCAGAUACAUAUUUGAAAAUGUGUGGGCUUUGGCGCAGUAUCUUCACCCUAAUGGUCAACGUUGGUGAAAUCUUUCUUUUGAUUGGUGCAUAUCUUUGUCAAUUUACCCUGCUACACUGCCACUGGGUUUGCGCACCACAGACCUAGGAUCAGAUUUCUUUACCCCCAAAAUAAGGUUCUCCAUAUAGGAAUGAUCAAAUAUCUGAUUCUGAAUCAGUACCUCAAUCAACAGGCUGACUGUCAUCAUGGUUGUCUGAGCCGUGUGUCAGUUCUGUCAGCUUUGUGGGAAUUUGACACUAUGGGAAAACUAGAUGAGUUACUUUAAACCCGGUAGCUAGUUGUGAUGCGGAGAGGAGACCCUGUUCCCCACGCCUUCCAGGCCCCAGUGGAUGUCCAUGCUAGUGUAGAUGGCCAGGUGUACAUGUUCAGGCGAGGCCAGCAGAAUGACUCUGCUGGCUCUUCAGAGGAAGAAGAGUUCAAUGUGAUGGAGUUGAGGCCCCGGGGGUGGCACGAGCUGGAACAGGACAGACGCGGUAGCCUCAUGCUGCUGGAGAGGGACGUAUUGGUUGGGGACAACCUCAACAAACUUGCUCUGCAAUAUGGCUGCAAGGUGGCAGACAUAAAGAGAGUGAACAACCUGAUUCAGGAACAGGAUAUAUUUGCUUUGAAAUCAAUCAAAAUCCCUGUGAAGAAACACAGCUUAUUGACUGAGGCUAACGCAGAGCUAAAAGAGARAGAUCCAGGAACCUCAAAUUCAGCCACACCACUGCCCCAGCCACAGGGCAAACUUACAGCCAGUUCCCCUGGUAGGCCACAUCUACAGGAGUACACCGACUACCUCAAGGAAGUGGACCAUGACAUUGAGAGACUGAUCCAAACCACAAAUGCACAGGAUGAGGUUUUUUUAGAGGCUGCAGAAAGGCCACAAAAGUUGGGCUCCAGAGGCCAGCGCCUGACCAGCUAUGGAGCAGACUGGGGCAUCCAGUGGUGGAACGCUGUGGUGGCCAUGCUCCUGAUAGGCAUUAUCCUACCUGUCUUUUAUGUUGUUUAUAUCAAAACUCAAGAUACUGGAGUGCCUGCUGCUGUAGCUACCUCAAACAGCUCAGGGACAGGCCUCAGCACAGACAGCCCUAGGAGCACUUUUAGCAGCCAAGAGAGUGUGUCUCUCAGUCUGAACAAACCUAACACUUAAUUGAGGGAAACAAUGUCUAUGUACACUGCUCAAAAAAAUAAAGGGAACACUAAAAUAACACAUCCUAGAUCUGAAUGAAUGAAAUAUUCUUA